AUGGCAGGUGGACAUAGGAAAACAUUGAAAAAUGACCAUAAACCGUUCAAGUCCAAACACUCCACUAAAGGUCAGUUGAAAAAUCAAUAUAAAGGUAAAGUUGAAAAGUCAUCUUCAUCUUCAAAUAAAGCAGCCAAGACACUUAGUAAACUUGAAAGAAAAAACCUUUCUAAGCAAUUAAAAGAUCAAAAGAUCUUAGAAACCAAAUUGACUAGAAAGUUAUUUGAAGGAAAUCAAGGUGCUGAAAAGAUCAUUACCAUAAUCUCAUUAACUACUGAUAUCUCCCCAGUUGAUAUUGCUGAUAGAUUAUUCAAUCAAGAUGAUCAAGCCAAGGUUGAAUUCCAAUAUCCCUCAGUGAAUAAAAUCUCGAUAGCUCGAUUCAAAUCCAAUUUGAAAGUCAUAAUUCCUAAUCAAGAUAACUUCCUUUCUAUAUUAGAUGCUGCAAAAGUUUCAGAUUUUGUCAUAUUUGGAGUCUCAGCUCAACAAGAAGUUGAAAAAGAAUAUGGAGAACAAAUAUUAAGAAGCUUGAUUGCACAAGGUAUAGCAACCGUAAUUGGAGUUUUACCAAAUGUCGUAUCAACAUAUCCAAAGCGUAAUUUACAAUUAGAUAUUAAACAAUCAUUACAAUCAUAUUUCGAUCACUUUUUCAGUUCGACUCAAGAAAAAUUAUUCUCACUUGAAUUAGAUUCAGAUAAUAUCAAUUGUUUACGUACAAUCUGUCAAAAAUUCCCUAAAUCUGUCACUUGGAGAGAUUCUCGUGGUUGGUUAGUUGCCGACAAAGUAUCCUGGUCAACUGAUACCCCCGAAUCUGGCCAUUUGGUUGUUGAAGGUACGAUCAGAGGAGUUGGUUUCAAUGUGAAUAGAUUAGUUCAUAUCCCAGGAUAUGGUGAUUUCCAAGUGGAAAAAUUGGAAAAAAUAUCUAAAUCGAGACCAACUCGUGGUCAAGAUAUGGAAAUGGAUGAGGACAAUAUUCUUGAUGCAUAUAUCCCUGAUGAAAAUCAAGAAAGUUUGGAUGAAUUAAAUCCAGAAGCAGUCGAAAUGGUCGAAGAUGAUUUCGAAUGGGAUGAUAAUGAAAAUAAUCUUGGUGUAAGAUCAGAAGGAAGAAUAUAUUUUGACGACGAUGGUGUGAAACGACCAGUUGACCCUGCCAAGAUGAGAAGAUUACCAAAGGGAACUUCAGAAUAUCAAGGUAGAUGGUUUGUAGAUGAUAUAUUGGAAGACGAAGAUGUGUCUGAUGUUGAGGAACCAGAACAAGCUGACGAUGAUGAAAUGAACGAUGAAAUGGCCGUGGAAACUGAAUAUGCACCAACUGAAUACGCUGAAACUGAAAUGCAUGUUGAUUUAUCCCCAGAAGAAGAAGAACGUCAAUUGAAACAAUUUAGAGAAUUGGAAAGGGAAGAUUUAGACUUCCCAGAUGAACUUGAAUUACUUCCUAAUGAAUCGGCCAAAGAAAGAUUGGCAGCCUUUAGAGGAGUUAAAUCACUUGCCAACUGUGAUUGGGAUUUUGAUGAAUAUGACGUCGAAGCACCAAGCAUCUGGAAUAGAUUAUUGAGAGUAUCCAACUAUAAAGCCACCAAGAAUAAGAUUAAUAAAGAAUACAUCAAACAAACUCAAAUCAAUGCGGGUAAUCGAGCCAGAGUAUAUAUCAGAGCACCAUCUUUCAUUCUUGAAAGAAUAAAUCCAGAUUCUAUGCCAUUCACAAUCUACGAAUUAUUAGAACAUGAACAUAAAUUAGCUGUCUGUAACUUUUCAUUUGAAAGUUGGGAAGAUUAUGAAAAGCCAAUCCCCGCCAAAGAAUCAAUUAUUGUACAAUAUGGUCCUAGAAGACAAGUCAUCCUGCCAUUAUUCAACCAAGCAUCCAAUAAUCCAAACAACGUUCAUAAAUCAGAAACAUUUGCUCAUUUGGGUAGUACAGUCAUUGCAACUGCAAUUGCUCCAGUCUUAUUCAAUAAUGCACCAGUGAUAUAUUUCAAGCCAGGCCAAGUUGAGGGAUCAUUGGAAUUUGUAGGGCAAGGUACAUUCUUAAACUGUGAUCACACCAGAAUUGUUGCCCAACGUGCAGUCUUAACUGGUCACCCAGUCAAGAUCCACAAGAAAGUGGUUACUGUCCGUUAUAUGUUCUUCAAUCCAGAAGACAUCAAUUUCUUCAAGGCAAUUUCAUUAUUUACUAAAUCUGGAAGAACUGGGUUUAUUAAAGAAAGUUUGGGUACUCAUGGUUAUUUCAAAGCUACUUUUGAUGGUAAAUUAACAUCUCAAGAUGUGGUUGCAAUGAGUUUAUACAAGAGAGUUUGGCCAGAAAUCUCUACAGCUUGGACUGAUUAA